AUGCCCUUCCACAGUGUGACAGAAAACAUGGCUGCGCUCUUGAGAUCAGCCCGGUUACUUAAGUUUUCGCCUUCGGGCUUGCUUCAGAUCACAGGUACGAAAAGAACCGGACCACCGAUCGGUAGACUUUACAGCGGAGCUCUCGGUGGCAGAAAGACUGGAGUUUGUUCCCGACAGAUCUGCAAGGCAUCGGAAAACGUGUCCAGUCGUCUGUGGCCACACAGUGUUGGGUGUGUGCGUAACUAUGCCGUGGCCAGUGAAGAGAAAGAUGAGACUAGUGCUGCGGUGCAGACCAAGCAGAUGCAGCAGUUUGACUGGGCUCUGGCCAAACUGGACAGUUCUGUGAGGAGGACCGGUCGCAUCACUAGGACCCUGCUGCUCCGCAUCUUCCACGAUAUCUGCAGGACAGGUUAUCCCAGUGGUAACCAGGCCUUAUUACUGCUGCGUAGCUGUGGCUCCCUGCUGCCAGAGAUUCCCCUGCAGGAGCGCAGUGAUCUGGCUCAUCGUAUCUGGGAGAAGCUGCAGGCAUUGGGUGCUCAGUAUGAUGUCAGUCACUACAAUGCCUUGCUGAAAGUUUACCUGCAGAAUGAAUACAAAUUCUCCCCAACGGACUUCCUGGCCAAAAUGGAGGCAGCUAACAUCCAGCCCAACAGAGUUACCUACCAAAGACUGAUCGCAGCCUACUGCCAAGAUGGAAACAUAGAGGGAGCUAGCACCAUAUUGGGUUUCAUGAAGAGCAAAGAUUUACCCAUCACUGAUGCUGUUUUCAACUCCCUGGUGACAGGCCAUGCUCGUGCAGGUGACAUCGAGAGUGCUAAGAACAUCCUGCCUGUGAUGCAGGGAGCAGGAAUUGAACCAGGUCCUGAUACUUAUGUAUCCUUGCUGAACGCCUAUGCUGAGAAAGGAGACAUAGAAAGUCUGAAGAAGACAAUGGAGGAAGCAGAGAGUGCUGACUGCAGUCUGAUGGACAGAGACCUCAUGCAGAUCAUCUACACUCUGGCCAAGGCUGGACAUGAGCAGCAUAUCCCAGAGAUGGUUGAGCGUUUGCGGCAUGAGAGGGGUUACGUUCCAGAUGCCAUGAACUUGUGUCUGAGCCUCAUCACUCAGGGCCUGGAGGACACAGCCUUCCACAUCCUGAAGACCUUCCCGACCCUGCAGUCUGACAGCCUCGGCUCAGAGUCUGCCAACCUGGGCAACUUCUUCCUCAGACAUUGCGUCAACAUAAACACGCCUCUUGAGAAGUUGGGCCACUUUUGCAAAGAGCUCCAGGACUCCAAACUGCAUGCUUCACCAUUCACCUUCACUCUGUCCUGUGCUCUGGAGGCAAAGAAAAUUGAGAUGUCUUUAGAGCUGAUGAAGAUGUUGAAGGAGCAGGACUUUCCUGUAAGGCCACACUACUUUUGGCCUCUUCUCACUCAGCAUCAGAAAGACAAGAACACAGCUGGUGUGACCGAAGUGUUAAAAGGCAUGCAGAUGCUUGGCGUAACCCCUGAUGUUGAGACUUUAGCCACUUACGUCAUUCCUGUCUUCGCUGAUUUAGAAGCAGCUCAAAAGGCUCUUCAGGAGUCUGGUGUCUCGCUGGAGUCAGAGGGCAUCUUGGCUUCUGAGGUUCGCAUGAUGGCUCUUAACAGCCUGGUCAAACUCCACACCAAAUUAUCCGAUCCGUCUUUCCCCUCUUUGGACCUCAGUGUUUUCCGCGGCAGUCUCAUCAUGGGCUUCAGAAAGUCUGAUGAUGUGGAGACCAUGGUGAAGAUAACUGAGCUUUUAUAUAAAGACCCACGCUUCUCCAAUGAGAACCGUACUGAAGCGGUAUCCUUCUUCUUGUACAAUCUGAUCGACGCCAUGUCUGAGAGAGAGGUGCGGAUACAAGAAGACAAACUGAGGAAAUUCUUCAAUCAGCUGCACACUCAGAAUAUAACCAUUCCAGUGGGCAUCUACAGGGGCAUCAGGAACCUCCUGGCGUCCUAUGACGUCUCAGAGCUCAUCAAGGAUGUUCUUACUUUGGUGGACCCUAAAGAUCAAGUGUCCAAUGGCUCCCUGGCUGUCCCCCGACACACUGGACCUGAAGGAAGGCUUGUUGCUCUAGAGAAAAAAAUGGCUGAACUGAAAGCUGAGAACAAGCCAAUAGGUGGUGUUCUCAGACAAAUCAUACAAGUUCUCUCUGUUGAGGAGAACCUGCAGCAGGCCCUCGAGCUGAAGCAGCAGCACGAGGAGGAGAUGACACCCGGUGCCUACGCCAUCCUCAUAAACCUGUGUUGUCGCCACGGCAAUUUGGAGGAGGCACUCAACCUGAAGACAGAGUUGAGUCGUAAGGACUCUUCAGUAGCCCUGGAUGCCGGUAAAUACAUUGUACUCAUCAAAACACUUUCUAAGAACAACAGAGUGGACGAGGCAGUCGACAUUAUGAAAGAGAUGAAAGAAAAGGACGUGGCGAUCAGUGACACACAUGUCACCAUGCUCUUUCAUGCACUCAACACUCUUGUAACGAAGGGUGCCGCCCCUACUAUCCAGCGGCUCCAAGACACCAUCUUCACCCUUGGACUGGCCAAGCCUACUGCUAAUCUGUGCUCACCCCUGAUCACUGCCCACCUGGACAGUGAUGACCUGGCUGGAGCUCUAGAGGCUGCUCUGGACUGUCAGAAGCGUUACAACAUUUUGCCUCGCAUUCAUGACAUCAUCGUUGGUCUGGUGGAGAAAGGAGACACGGCACUGCUGCAGAAAGCCAUGGACUUUGUGAGCCAGGCGCGAGGAGAGAUGACCAUGCUGUACGACCUGUUCUUUGCUUUCCUGCAGACAGGACGCUACCGUGAAGCUCGUAAGAUCAUUGAGACCCCGGGGAUAAGGGCACGGCCUGGGCGCCUUCACUGGUAUGCAGAGAAAUGCAUUUCAGGCAACCAGUUGGAGGCCUUGGAGCAGAUGGUGGACGUGACAGCCAAGCUGUUUGAGUGCGACAGAGACGAGAUGUACAGCUAUGCCCUUCGCCUUUGUAAGGAGACAAAUAACUGGGAGAAGGCAGAGGCAUUGUGGACGAAGAUGCAAGAGGAGAACAUCAUUCCCAGGGAGAGGACCCUGCGUCUGCUGGCAGACAUCCUGAAGAGUAACGGCCAGGAGGUUCCCUUUGAGGUGCCCGAGGCAUGGUACCAAGGACCUGCCACCACAAAGCAAGUCCAGGAACAACCACCAAAAACAGAAGUAGCCAGAAACCAGCCAACCCCAGCUGAAAGAGGUACUGAGUACCAGGUCCGUCUGAUGGCGCUCUGUAAAAAGGGCAAAGCCAAAGAGGCCUAUGGGAUCCUGAAGGAUGCAGAGAAAAAGGGUGUAGCGUUAGGCUCUGCCUCUUAUGACUUCCUUAUCCGUGCCCUGUUGGCCGAGGGCUCCAUGGAGGAUGCCAUGGCAGUCAGGGACAUUGCUGUGUCUCAUGUGCCCAGCUUCCAGCUCAGUGAUACCGCCAACUCUUUGCUCAUCAUCACACAGAGCAAGAAAGGCCAGACUGAAGAUGCUCUUGAGAAACUGAAGCUUAUGCUGCAGGCGGACCAAGUUCCAGGGCCGCUGGCCAUCACCAGACUAGUUCAGGCCCUGGGUGGCCAAGGCAACAUUGCAGGGAUCCAGGAAGUGGAGUCGCUCAUGAAGGGUCUCGGCACAUCCCUCAACCUAUCCAGGAUGCUUUAUAUAAACAACAAGGCCCUGGCAUUCAUCAAUAAUGGUGACUUGGACACAGCCGUGGAGGAAUUAGAGGCAGCCUUUGCUGAUUCAAGCAAAAAUCUCAGUAUUUCAUAUGUCUUCAGGAAGGUAUUGGAAGAGGACAAUGACAAAGCCUUAGACAAGUUGAGUGUGAUGGCAGAGCGGCAAGCAAACCACUUUGCCUACUACAGACCUGCAACAGACCUCUUUCUCCAGCUUAUUGAUAUGGACAAAGUCGAGGAUGCAAAGUUUAUGCUGGCUCGCUGUAAUGCAGUGGCCGAACAGAAGGAAAUGCUGUUUUCCUAUGUGACACGAAAGGCUCAGAGUGCGGGACAGCUGGGAAAGAUCCAAGCCCUGCUAAACCUGAUUCCAGAUUUUGUGGAGAAGGAGACUUUUUACCCGUACCUGAUGAAAUGUCAUGUUAUGGAUAAGGACUUACCAGCAGCCAAAGCUCUGUACGAGAAGAUGCAGAAUGAGGGGAUGGUUGUAGACGAGCUGUCACUCAAACGGCUGGCUGUGCUUUACCGCAGUGCAGGCGAGACGGCGCCCUUCUCUGAACCGCCUGAGUCCUUUAAGUUUUAUGCAAACAAGCUGAAAGAAAAAACCACCAAAACCCAGGAGAGCCCUGAGGAGUAAAGAUGCAUCCUUGUCUCAUCUUCCCUCCAUCCAAGACCCCAGUCCUCUCCUUCAUCCUUUGUUCCUUCCAUCCUUUUUUAUAUGAGUUGUUUGAGCUAAAAUGUUGAGUACUGUUAUAGCUGUUCGAUGUCUGUUUUCUGCUCCACUGAUCAUGUUAAUGAAGGAGAGGAAGUUGGAAAUGUACAGAAGUAUUUAUGCUAAUAAAUGAUGUUGGGUAUCUGAA